CUGGGAGGAAGGCCUCUCCUCCUCUCCCUCCUCCAGCUGACCAGGCUGGGCGCCCAGGGAGUGGGGUGUCUGACUGAGGGUCUGAAGUUUUCUCCCCCGCCCCCGUUGGAGGCAUGCAUUUAGGAAGAGAAACGAGCCUCCCCAAAACAACGGGAGGAGGCGUGGUGUGGAAAGAAGGGCCCUUUGGGUGGCAUCGAUGCUACAGAAUAGAAGAGGAAUAGAAAAUUCCUAUAGGGAAAGGGGCAUUUUGAGGGGCAGGAGAACAUCUGACGAGGGAUGGUUUUUUGGGGGGGGUGAGAGAGAAUCAAAUUGUUUUGAGGGGUUCCGUUAGCAGCAAGGCAGAGUGAAACGGUCCAUGGAGGGUGAGGUUGAAAGGGAAGGAUGAUCUGACAGGGUUUGAAGAGGGGAAGGGGGAGAAGGGAGAUCUCCACCGAUUGGCUGGAUGGUAGAAAUGGGCGAUGUUGCAGAGAUCUCUGUGAGGAAUAGAUUUUCCAUAUCUGCAUGACUCUGUGAAAGAUGAAGAUGGGCAGAGAGAAUGGGAGAACUGAUGGAUGUAUUUAGGGGCCGUAGUGAGAGGGAGAGAGACAGAGAGCGCUCCCAUUGACAAAUGGGAACAAUUAACUCAGGAUGGCUUGGAGAGAAGUUGAAAAAGGUCGUGAUAAAUUGUACAGCUUAGAGUUUCCCAAGUGUUUUGUUUCACAUUAUGGACUGAACCAACUCCAACCAGGCUUUAUUGCGAAGGAAGAAAAAACACACAGCUGUAAUAGCUUGACCACAGACGAGAUAAUCCACAACAGGGUAAAUGAGUCAGAAUGGAUCAGGAAGGUGGGGGUGACUUCCAGAAAACCCCUAACUUCCAGUGGAGAAACUACAAGCUCAUCGUUGACCCAGUGCUCAAGCGGGCCCCGCACAAGGUCUACCGCUAUGAUGGAGUACAUUUCAGCACUAAUGAUUCGGGCCUCGCUCCUGUGGGUGAUGUGCGGGAUCCCAGACGCAGGAUAUGGUCCAAGAACAGAGACAUUUCCCUCCCUGUCCCAAAGUUUAAGCUGGAUGAGUUCUAUGUGGGUCAGAUCCCUCUGAAGGAGGUGACCUUUGCCCGGCUCAAUGACAACAUCAAGGAGCCCUUCCUGGCGGACAUGUGCAAAAAGUAUGGAGACAUUGAGGAGAUUGAGAUCCUCUACAAUCCGAAGAACCGCAAGCACCUGGGCCUGGCCAAGGUGCUCUUCACCAGCACAAGGGGAGCCAAGGAAACAGUCAAGAACCUGCACAACACUUCGGUCAUGGGCAACAUCAUUCAUGCUCAGCUCGACAUCAAAGGUCAGCAGCGAAUGAAGUAUUACGAACUGAUUGUGAAUGGCUCCUAUACACCCCAGACUGUCCCCACUGGAGGCAAAACACUCAAUGAGAAGUUCCCAGCGGACUCGUCAGAGUCCCGAAGGCGCCACUCAACAGACUCCUCAUACGCUAGUAACACAAUGCCUUCAACGCCUGGCAAUGGCACACCUUCCUCUCAGGACACUCCUUAUUCCAGUGGUAGGCAGGAUACACCUUCUUCGUAUGGCCAGUACACGCCACAGUCGUCCCAGGGGACACCAUACACUCCCCGGGGAGGGACGCCAUAUUCUCAAGAUUCUGCUUAUUCCAGCAGGCAAGGGACUCCAGGCUACUCAAGCUACCAGCCAGAGUCAACAUCGUACAAAUCCCGCCGACAUGAGAACAGCUUUCCAGACUCGUACUCGCGUCGGCAUUAUUCUUCUUCGUCCUCUUCCUCCUCCUCCUCGUGCUCUUCUUCCUCCUCCUCCCACUUCCGUAGCAAUGACCAUCACUACCCUCCCUACAAUCAGCAGUUUGACGGUGGCAGCGGUGGCGCCGGCAGUGCUGCCACAAUCAGCAGCAGCAGCCGGUACCAACGCCUCUCAUCCACCUCAGAAGGGCGCCCGUCUUCUUCCACCCCCUCCUCUUCCACCCCCUCCUCCUCUCAUCGCUCCCACCAAAGAGAGGACUCUGGUUUCCAUUCCCGGCACAGGGAGCGCUCCCAGAGGGAGGAGGCGACUCCUUCCUCCACCGUCAGCACCCCCACGGUCACCACCACCCCCUCCUCCUCUUCGUCGUCUGUGGCCACCCCAGCCCCAGAUAGUGCUCAAUUCCAGAACAGCCACAGCUUCACUCAGCAGAGUGCAGAGCCCUUUCCAGCACCCAGCGUUCUCUACCCACCGUACACAGCCACUCCGGAGCCUUUCUCCCUUCCCGUGGAACCCCUUGCAGUGGACCAGGACUAUCGGCUGCUCCCCACAGCCGAGACUUUUGCUGCCAACUCCUUGCCUCCUACCGAAUUUCUUGCUCAGGAAACUAAAGAGAACACCAGCCCAGCAGUAGCAACCAUUGCAGGGGCCGAUGACCGGUCCCAUUCCCCUGCUGUGCAGACCUCGCCGGCCCGGUCUGGCUCCCCUGCGCCUGAAACUACCAACGAGAGUGUCCCUUUCACUCAGCACAGCAGCUUGGACUCCCGCAUUGAGAUGCUGCUCAAGGAGCAAAGGUCCAAGUUCUCUUUCCUCAAUUUGGACACGGAAGAGGAAGACGAGGAGAAGGGAGGGCCCAAAGGAGUGGAGCCGCAUGGGCCCUGCACUCCACCGCCUCCCCUUCCUGUCAGUUUUGAAGAUGUGGUGCCGGCGCUGGACGUGGGAGCAGGAGCAGAAUCUCCCAAAGCCAAUGGACAAGAUAGAGCAUCUCAACAAUCUUCAGGUGAAGACAUGGAAAUCUCUGAGGAUGAAGCAGAGGUCGAACCCCCAACCCCUGUGGCAGGGGUGUCUGAACCCCAUUUUUCUGUGAUGCCGUCAGCCCUGGGCCACAUGCAGCUGGGCGUGUCCUCCUUUACCCCCCACCACCGACCAGAGCCGCCCCCCGCCUACCCAAUACAGCCUCUCAUGUCCGUCUCCCUCCCGCAUUUGGCGGGCAAGACCCACUCGCUCUCCAACUACGGCCAGGUUGGCCUACGGCAUGCUCACCGCCUCUCAGACUUCAGAGGGCGCGCGGGAGUGGUGGGCGGAGGCCGGGGUGCCCCCCACAUCUACGACUUCGUCAACUCCAUGGAGCUGAUGAACCGGCUGGGCAACCAGUGGGGCGGGAUGCCCAUGUCCUUCCAGAUGCAGACGCAGAUGCUGAGCCGCCUGCAGCAGCUGCGUCAGAGCAAAGGCCAGUUUGAGGACCCUUUCCCCUACCACCGGGAGGCGGCUUCUUUCUGCGGCCGCCCCCUCUACGGCCACGGCUACCUACUGGACCAGGCGAACCGCCACUUCCAGAGAGACCAGCUGUUCAUGCAGCAGCCGUCAGCAGUGGGGGCCUCGGAGCAGCAGCAGCCGCAGCAGCAUUCCUCGGAGCAGCCCCCUCUGCCACCCCCACAGCGCCUCCUUGAUUUCCGGGCCUCUCCAUGGGGAUACCAGGAGGAAGUGGCUCCACCCCCACCUCUUCCCAAGGACCCCCAUGCCUCCGUAGUGGACAGCGUCCUUGAGACACUCAUGCAGGAGAUGAAGAGCAUCAUGCAGCGUGACCUCAACCGCAAGAUGGUGGAGAACGUGGCUUUCAACACCUUUGACAAGUGGUGGGAGCGCAAGGAGGAGAAGGCCAAGCCUUUCCAGAGUACUGUCAAGCAGCCAGUCAAGGAAGAGGAGAAAGACAAGACAAAGCUGAAAGACCCUGCCCUGCUGUCCCUGGUUGACUGGGCCAAGAGUGGCGGCACUGGUGGCCUGGAAGGGUUUGGCUUUGGGACUGGCUUUCGAGGAGUUCUGGGACUCCCAUCCUUCAAGGUGAAAAGGAAAGAGCCAUCCGAAAUCUCGGAGGACAGCGAAGUGAAGCAGCCACACCCAUCUACUCUUGCUGAAGAGGAUGAGGAAGAUAAGGAUUCCUCACAGGUACCCAAAAGCUCCAAGAGGGAUGAUGAACGGAUCAAAGGGCCGGGAAAAAGGCGGAAACUUUUCUGCCUGGAUAGCGAGGGAGAGGAAGCAUCUGAGGAUUCAUCCUCUGAGAAGGAGGAGGAGGAGGAGGAGCGGAGGGAGGAAGGUGAAGGUUCUAGGGAGCGCGGCACGAAGAAGGAGGAAUCUGAAGAUGAAGGUGAGAGCGACGGCUCCUCCAAGUAUUCUCUCUAUGACGAGUCUGAUGAGGACAGCGACAGCACUUCUGAUUCAGAGAGCAGCUCUUCGUCUUCCUCUUCCUUGUCCUCCUCUUCAUCUGAUGAGGAGGAAGCUGAGAGCAUGGAGGAAAUGGACGAAUCUACCAUGGACAGCUGCCCCACCGAGCCACUGAGAGACCUGGAAGAGAGAAUGCGUCAAACUGCAGACGCUGAGCUUGACAAGAAGAAAACAGAAGCAGGCCUGCUCCAAGGCCAUGUGGCAGAAGAGAAGCCUGCUCCUCUGAAGGAUGGCACCCUGGCCCCGCAUCUAGAGGAGAAGGAUGUUGGGACGGCGCCAGAAGAGCGACCCAGGCCGGAAGAGCGACCUUCCUCACCUAUCCCACUCCUGCCACCACCCAAGAAGCGCCGGAAAACAGUCUCCUUCUCAGCUCCUGGUGAGGAUGACGAGAUCAAGGUGGCAUUUGAGAAGCCACUGGAACCGGCUCCUUCAACGCUUUUGCCUCCGCCGCCUCCUCUUCCCCCACCACCUCCGCCGCCUGUCCCCACAGAGGUAGCACAGGCCCCCUUAGUGCCUGUAGAACCCAUGUUACCAUCCCAAGUGCCCUUAACCCUGGAAGCCCCAGCUCCAGUUGCCUCUCCCCUGCCUCCUGUAGCGCCCCCUGCCAAGGCAGCAGCCCCUGCCAGCCGCAAGAGGGAGCCCCCCAAAGCCAACCAAAGAACAAUCAGCAACCUGCCGGCUGACCACGCUUCCCUGGUGAAGUGUUGGACGGAUGAGCUGCUUCCGCCUGGCCGGUCCCGGAGCCGCUCUCGCUCUCGGAGCUCAGAGCUCCCACGGGUGCCCCAGCCCCCUGGGGAGGACAGGCUGCACCUGCGCGAGCGGAUGGGCGUUUCCUCGCUGCUGGAGCUGGCGAAUCAACCCAACCUGGCCGUGCUGGCGGAUGUGGCGCUGAAGAAGGCCGGUGCAGGCAGUGAAGACUCCGAGGAGACGGAGACCUCUGACGAGGCCGAGGAGCCCAAGGCCGUGCCGCCGGUCCCCGCACUGCCCCCGGAAGUCAGCAGCAUUCUGAUGGAGCAUAACUACGCCAUGGCUGUCCGCGCAGCACCUGCCUCCCGCAAAGCCGACGAGGCGGUGUUGUCUGGCGCCGCUGACCUGCCGCGCGUGGAUUUGUACAGCGAGCACAUUGGCGAGGUCCUGGAGGCGCCUGAGGAGGUUGUGGCUGAUGCCAGUGAGGUCAAAGCUGAGCCUGACGUGGAUGACCUGGUUUCGCUGCCCCCGCCUCCGCCAGCCGAGAAGCCCAAGGCAGCUGUUCCACAGCAGCAGCAGCAGCAGCAACCACCACCCCAGGCCAAGAAGCAGCCCCAGUGGCUCAAGGAAGAGGCCCUAAAGGACCUGGGGAACUUGCACUUUGGGCCUGAGGACCUGUUCCUUUCAGAGAGUGAGGAGGAGGAGGAAGAGGAGGAGGAGAGUGCUGACAGCAGCGACGAAGGGGAGAUCCGCAGGCGCUCCCUGCGCUCCCACUCGCACAAGCAUGCCCCUGCUCAGCCACCUCCGCUGCCCCUGGCCUUUGAGACACGCAGUGAGUUUGAGCAGAUGACAAUCUUGUAUGACAUCUGGAACUCAGGGCUAGACCUGGAGGACAUGAAGUACCUGCGGCUGACGUACGAGCGCCUGCUGCACGAGGACAACAGCACGGACUGGCUGAACGAUACCCACUGGGUCCACCACACCAUCACAAACAUUGCGAACCCCAAGCGGAAGCGGAAGUCGUCAGACCUGCGGGAGCACCAGACAGGCUGUGCCCGCAGCGAGGGCUAUUACCAUAUCAGCAAGAAAGAGAAGGACAAGUACCUCGACGUCUGCCCGGCCACCGUGCAGCAGCUUGAUGCUGCUGACGUGCAGGGCACCAACCGCAUCCUGUCCGAACGGCGAUCUGAGCAAAGGCGCCUGCUCAGCGCCAUUGGCUCCUCCGCCAUCUUGGAUAGCGACCUUCUGAAACUAAACCAGCUGAAGUUCCGCAAGAAGAAGCUACGCUUUGGUCGGAGUCGAAUUCAUGAAUGGGGCCUCUUUGCCAUGGAGCCAAUCGCUGCUGAUGAGAUGGUCAUUGAGUACGUGGGUCAAAAUAUCCGGCAGGUGGUGGCUGACAUGCGCGAGAAGCGGUAUGCGCAGGAGGGCAUCGGGAGCAGCUACCUUUUCCGCGUGGACCACGACACAAUAAUCGACGCCACCAAAUGUGGCAACCUAGCCCGCUUCAUCAACCACUGCUGCACGCCCAACUGCUAUGCCAAAGUCAUCACCAUAGAAUCCCAGAAGAAGAUUGUCAUCUAUUCCAAGCAGCCCAUCAGCAUCAACGAGGAAAUCACUUACGACUACAAGUUCCCGAUUGAGGAGAACAAGAUUCCUUGCCUGUGUGGCACAGAGAACUGCCGGGGCACCCUGAACUGAGACGUAACCCUGGCGCUCGUAUUUAUUUUGUUUCCCCAGCCCUAAUCUCGCCUCUCACCCGUAGCUCAGCUCUUCUCCCCACAGAGUUGUGGGAAAACUCUCAGUCGCCUUAAGACCCAUCCAUGUACCUUUUAAAGCUCCCAGCCAAUGAGAAAGCACUUCCCUCGCCUCAGGUUCGAAUCAACAAGAAGUUCCUUUUUCUUCCACCAGCCAGGCUGGUGAUAGUUUCUUUUCAGGUGUUGCUGUCAUUUUUGCUCCAGCCUCCAACACCAAUUAACAAAACUCCUGUAGAUUCUGACCCUUUGCAGAAGUCAAAUAUCCUUCCCUUUCCAGCUUAAGACGGCCUGGAUGUUAGUGUGGUUAAUUCUGCAAUGCCCACCAGCUCUGUUGCUAAACUCAGAGAAUGGCUUACGAUAUUGAGGAAAUCAGCAGGGUGGCUGUGGGGUGGAAUUUCCCUUCUAGGUAUCAUCUAUUUCAGGUUAUGCAUGCUCAGCGCACAGCUGUCGAUUAGCUGUUGACUUUGAGAAUGGCAGGUUGGGAUCAGUGCCUCCUGUGAAACCUUUUGAGGCAGUGCAGUGCUGAUGCCCCUGAGGGCACAUCUGCUAGAGCUAAGAGCUGCGCAGGCCCUUGAAAUUUCAGAUUGUGGAGCAUUUGUCCUCACAUUUCCAAAGGGUUUGGGGGGGGGAGGUUUCCUGGUUUUUUGACAGAGAGGCCUAGAACAACCCCUGCCCCUGGGACUUUGUUCUGGGGUUAAAGAUUGCUCCCAAAAUCUUUCUGCUAAUGGCCAGGAUGCACUGGGGGAUGGGGGGAAGCAUGUCAUUGUCCAGCCGCGUCAUUCAGCUAGAUUUGUCACCAUGGGCAAAAACUUGAACCUUCCUGCUUCAGUGUCUCUCUCCUCAUAGAAUUAUCAUCCCGUUAAUUCUUCCUCCUUCCAAGCUCUUGCGGCCAGAGAAAUAGAGGUCCUGAAAACCAGUUAAGAUUGUGUCAUUCAUAUUGCAAUCUCCCUUUCCUGACUCUUUUUUUAUUCUGUAACGUGUAGUAAAACAGGGGGGACAGGGACUAGCCGUAAUAAUGAAGGGGAGUUGAGUUUCUUUCCUUGUUACAGUUAUGGCUUCAACUGAUGCUGACUUACAGCGUAAGCUAAGACUUUCCCACAUCCCAGCCACCCCUAAUAAUUUUUCUUUAGGAGAAGAAAGUUGUGUAUAUAUCUAUUCCAGAUGGAUUGGCUGUUUCUUGUAGAAACACAUGCGUUUAUUAGUAUGUAAAUAUUUUAUUUUGUUUUCCUCUUCAUACUAAAACGAAAACUGUAAAUAAUGUUGCAAUGUAUUUCCUUCUCCUGUUUUUUUAUCCGUGCUUCUUGCCCUGUGCCACCCUUUUCCUUUGAUGCCAAGUAGGAUUUCUUUCUUUCCCCCCCCUUUUCCCUCUUGGGUUUAUUUGGGGUGGGAGGGGAGCAUAUAACUUUCUGGCAGGGGGUCAAAGAGUGUAUUUCUUUGUUUCUUUUAAAUGGGAGUCAGUUUUGAAAGUGAAAGAUUUUAAAAGUAGGCAUUUGGAAAUAUUUUAGCAGGUUUGUUUGUUUGUUUCAUUUUAAAGUUCUGUCUUCAUCCUGCUUGUCCCAGUGUUUGGAUUUUGAAUAGUGUUGAGCUAGGUGUUUGGAAACAUAUCUUCUCCCUGGCUAGCAUGUGUUUCCUGCAGUGGACUGUCCAGAGCUAUGAGGAAUUGGCUGCUUUCAAUUUUCCCCAUCCAGAAUGCCCUUUAUGUUCUAGGGAAACCACGGGUGACACGUGAAAAAGUUUCCAUCUAUAUUUUAAUAGUAGAGAGCGGCAAGGGGCUUGCUUUCAAGGGAGGAUCAGCAUGCCGGCUGGUAGCUCUCUUCUUUCUGCUGCCCUCUGCUGUGUCCCGAAUCUUCCCCAUAUCAAGACAGCUAUUGAGAGAAUCCAUUUACUUCUCAGUUUCCACCCAAUUGGCCAACAGAAUAAAAUGCAGCCCUUCUGAGAUGUCUCUUAUUGACCUCACAAGCCUGUAAAUGCUUGGGAUGAGUUUUAGAUGUGCCCAUCUCGAUGUGACAUUUAAUAGGGCCAAAUAACUCCAUAUUAUGUCAGCAACCAUGGUCUGCCAGCCCAUCCUUGCUGAAUACAGUUAAUGUUAGAAGUGGGGGCAUUUUCAGCAGGCGAGGCAUCAGUGGGAGGGCCUGCUGUUUUGCUAAUGCUUCUCCCCCACAAUCCUUCCUUCUAGCUGUUUUUCCCCCAAUCCCCAUCUCGCACCCCAUCUCUGUGUCCAAGAGUGGAAAGAGAGGCAGGAGUGUAGAGAGAAGCAGGGAAGGCUUAAGAACCUUCCUCCCACCACGUCUCCUGUGAAAAGGCCCCUUCCAUACAUUUUUAUUAUUGUUGUUUAGCAAACACACUUUGGAACCCUCAUUGGCUGAUGUAGUCUGUAGUUCCACCCCAUUUCUUCCAGUAUUUUGACGGCUAAUUAUGUUCCAGUAAGAGGCACCUUUCUCACGUUGCUCUACAUUUGGUAAAACCUUUCCCACUCUGUGCCUCUUUUGUGUAUCCUCUUGGGGGCAGGAUUAAAAUUGCUACUGCUUUCUGCUCCUUUUCUUUUUUCACUGUGGUGCAAUCAUGGCACCUCCCCUAAAAGCCCUGGCCAGUUUUAAGGUAUGCUUCCAUAUCUAAAGAGAUGGCAGAUGACUUCCUCUCCUGCUGUACAAGGCUCCAUUAAGACUUGCCCAAUAUAAGUUGGGUGUUUUGUUUGUUUGUGGGACAAGGAGCAGAAUACUUGCAGCAGGUUUGCUGAACUCGAUUAUAUAAUUUUGUUGCGCAUCUCCCGCAGUUUAAUUCUUGUCAGAAGCUUAAAUUAUUUUUUCCUCUCACUACUAUAGUGUUUUGAAACCAAAGAGACAGGAAGUUGUGGAAACCCUAUGUUAGCAACCAUUGUUUUGAAGUGAAAAGGGGCUGAAUCAUCUCAAGCAGCUGCCUGUUUUGUCAGCAACCACUGUCUUGAUCUCCCUCCCCACCCCCAGGUGAUCUCAGUCUUGAACAUCCAUAAUUCCAUUGACUUUCUAAAUAAACUCUGCACAAAUUUUCUACUUACAGAUUUAAUUGAGGGGGUGGGUGGGGAGGAAGGAAGUUGUUGAGAAACAGGGCCAACCAUCGGUCAUUCUCUCUUUCCGUUCUGCCUAAAAUCUUCAGGUGGAUCUUCACCUGCACAGAAGACAGCUGUAUUUUAGGUAAUUAAAUAGUGAAAACAGCUGCAGUAAUAAACAGACCCUUUUAUGCCCUCCCUUCUAAGCCCCAUAAAUACUGACCUGUCUUUGGUGUGCUCUCCCAACUCAAAUCUCUGCUGUAUUUAAAAUUUUGAAAUAGCUCCCUCCCCAACCCUACAUCUUCCUUGCUUUUUCUAAAUUAUUCGUUGCUGCAGUGUUGUUUGUCUGUUUGUAAGCUUCGCUCUCACCCAGCCCCAGUCAGUCGGAAGGAUGUGACUGAAGUCUCAUUAUGCAUCUUCUCUGCAUUUCCAUUUUUUAAAAAACAAAACAACAAGCAGCCUGUUGGAUUUGAGCUUUUAAAAGGCCCUCACUCUCCAGGCUGCUGUUUCAACAGCUCCAGCCCCUUAAAAUCCAUCUCAUCUUAAAGGUUCAGAAACUACAUCCUUCCAAGUCUCCCUGACAAGUUUAAACCAGCAGCCACCUCUUAACUGUAAUAAACUACUGGCCAAACUUUUUCAUCCUAGCUAUCCGUGCUUUUCAGUGUAUUGACGGAUUCUGAUUUCAACUGGAAAUUCUGGUAAGAGCAAGCUUGCUUCUAUUCACAGUUGUGAUAUUAAUUCCAAAUAAAUAUGCCUUUGAGCCCAAUACACUCCUGGGGGGGGGGAGGGUGGAGCUGAAACCACAUAAUAUCUCUGAAUUAUGUUUGGUGGCAGGUUUUUGGAAAAGCGGACUGUAUUUCAGCAGGUUGGCAUGACAAAUCAAGCUUCUGUUUUUACUGGGUGUAAAUCUUUUCUGCCGAAGUCAAGUCACAAACGCUGUGUUUAGAGGUGCUGCAUCAUCUCAGUCCCCAAAUAUUUCAGAGGGAGGUUUUGGCUGGUUUGGGGAGUGUGACUCUCCUUGUUUUAGAUUUUUCAACAUGAAUCAUUUUACCACUGAGAUACACAAGCAGAGGA